AUGAGUUAUCAAAAUCAUUCUUAAAAGUUUCCAUUUGAUAAUUCACUUCAAUAAGGGUAGCCUCAAGCACCCACGUUUUAGUAAGUUUACCACUCUCAACAACAUUAAAUGUGUGGAUUCGAAUAAUAGCAAUUCCCAUCCUUGAAUCAGAAUGGAUAUGGCUAUUAUGUAUCGCCUCAAAGUAAUAUAGUUAUUGUAUGUUCAGUGCCAUAAUAUUACAUUCCUCCUUAACCACCAACACCUCUUGAUAGUAUAAGCAGUAAUAGUAUUAGUUUGAAUGAGGAGGGAACAAAAAAGAAGAAGGCGAGUAAGUCAGAUAAAUCAAAGAAGGACAAAAGGAAGAAAAGAAAGAGAGGUUUUAUUGUUGUUCUUAUUAUUGAAAGGCAGUAAUAGUAGUUCUUCUUCUACAGUAGCAGGAGCCAUAGUAAACAAAAGAGAAAACAUUUUACCUUUUUGCAUAGUGAGGAUAAUUGGAAAUGCAAGUAUUGUUAUAAUAUCAAUUUCCGUCAUCGUUCAGAAUGUAACAGAUGUAAGAAGAGUAGAGAAUAUGCUGCAAAAAAUGAAAAAACCAAGAGGUAUGUUCCAAAUCCAGAUGAUUGGAAAUGUUACAGUUGUGGCAAUUUCAAUUUUGCUCGAAGAAGGAUGUGCAAUAGAUGUAAAAAAGACAAGUCAUCAGCCUCAAUACCAUAAUAUUCCGAUUGA